GCGCUGUACCGUCAGAUGGACCGAUCGUACCGGUUCUACGGUCUGUUCAUGACGCUUCAGCCGGCGAUCAUGAUCACCGAUCUGGAACUCAUCAAAACGGUGCUCAUCCGUGACUUUGGCCACUUCCCCGACCACGGCGUGUACCACAACGAGCGGGUGGACCCGCUGUCCGCGCAUCUGUUCUGCGUCGAGGGUGUCCGCUGGAAGACGAUCCGUUCGAAGCUCACGCCCAGCUUUAGCUCCGGUCGGAUGAGGGCCAUGUUUCCGCUGGUGCUCGAUGUGGCUCGCAAUUUUACCCAGUUCCUGCGCGCUACGGUCGGCACGGAGGGUGCCGAGCUGGACAUGAAGGACGUCAGUGCGCGCAUGAUGAUCGACAGUGUCGGUGGGUGUGCGUUCGGGAUCGAGUGUAACAGCUUCCACGAGCCGGAGAGCAUGUUCCGCCGAUCGGGCCAGCUGGUGUUCGAGAGGCCCCGUCACUCGCAGCUCGUCAGCACCGUGCUGCGGUUGUAUCCGGCGAUCGGCCACGCACUCGGGCUGAAGGUGAACCACGACGAGGUGAUCGAGUUCUUUUCGCGCCUGGUCGAGGACACGGUGGCGAUGCGGACCACCACCACCACCGCCCGUCACGGUCCGAAGCGGAACGAUCUGAUGGAGAUGAUGAUCGAGCUGCACCGCCAGGGCUCGAAUGGGGGCCUCACGAUGGACGAGCUGAAGGCGCAAGCGUUCGGGUUCUUCUUGGCCGGCUUCGAGACUUCCUCGUCCAACGUGACCUUCUGUCUGUACGAGCUGGCCCGGAACGAGCACUGCCAGGAGCGGGCCCGGGCCUGCGUGCUCAAGGCACUCCGGAAGCACGGUGGCAUGAUGAGCUACGAAGCGAUCGCCGACAUGGACUACUUGGAUCGGUGCAUCAAUGAAUCACUCCGGAUGUACCCUCCGUUACCGAUGCUCCAGCGACUGUCCAGCAAACCGUACCACAUUCCGGACAGUAAUGUUGUGUUGCCGGCCCGCACCAAGGUCCUCAUUCCGGUGUACGCAAUUCAGCACGACGAACGCUACUAUCCCGAUCCGGAGCGCUUCGAUCCGGACCGGUUCGCACCGGAAGCGUUGGCCGAACGGCGGCACCUGGCCACGUUCUUGGCGUUUGGAGAGGGUCCACGGGUCUGCAUCGGUAAGCGGUUGGGUGUGAUGCAGUCGCGCGUCGGUUUGGCCACGGUUUUGAUGAACUUUCGUAUCCGCCUCGGGGCCAACACUCCGGUCCCGCUGGCGUACGCCAAAAACUCGGUGACGAUACAGAGCAGCGGCCCGGUACUGCUGCACGUGGAGCCGCUUACGACCCAAGACCCAAGCGGAGGAAGUUGUAGAAGCUCUAUGCUUUUAAGUGUCUGA